GGGCCGCGGCCGCGGGCGCCGCGCGGUCGAAGCACCAGCGCAGGCUCAAGGAGUGGGAGAAGGGCUACUGGAAGGAGCGCACGACGACCCCGCUGUACUACGCCGCCGUCUCCCUCUUCACGACCUGGCCGCUGGCCAUCCCCGUGGCCUCCGUCCUCAGCAGGAGCGCCGUCCCCGGCCAGGUGGCCGCCGGCACGGCCGAGCCGGCGGCGCCCGCGGGGGCGGAGGCAGCCGUCUCCGCCGCCGCCGAAGGGGCCCCGGAG